AUGACCUUUGAGAGGAAAACAGCAGGUACAGGACUGACACCAGACGGCUCAGAACGCAGAGAGGGAGGAAAGACAAACAGAAGAAAAUGAAAGCAUAUCCUCUAUUAAGUCGAAGAGAGACAAAAGCGUAAUGAAGCCAAGAGCGGGGUGCUCUGUCUUUGUGCGUGAGUGUAUAACUACGAUGUGUGUUUGUGUGCGUAUGCGCGUGUAAGACAGUGUGUACUUGUUUGAAACCUGUCUCAGCGAUAGCGGGGCAAGGAUCAUCAGGACUGUAGUAAUGGAGGGAGAGGAGAGAGGCGGGGGAGCCAAGCCCAAGCCCGGCCAUCUGUCUGCACUCCAGGAGCAGCUCAUCUGGGCCCUGCUGGGCUCAGGACUGUCCCGAGAGGUCCUCAUCCAGGCUCUGGGGGAACUGGAGCAAGAAAGAGUCAAUGCUGGGGCAGAAAAGGGGGACAAAGGAGAUGGGGAAAGCUCGGAAGAGGGAGAAAUGGAUUUUCCGCCCCCUAUAUUCCGGGAGUUGGAGAGGCUCCCCCCUGAGGAAGCAGCCAGACAGAGAGCUGAAGUGGACCAGCUGCUACAGGAGGACCCGUGGCGUGUAGCAAAGCUGGUGAAAGGCUACAUGCAGCAGCACAACCUACCUCAGAGAGAGGUGGUUGAGUCCACAGGUUUAAACCAGUCCCAUCUCUCCCAGCACCUCAACAAGGGCACGCCCAUGAAGAACCAGAAACGAGCUGCUCUCUACAGCUGGUACGUCAGGAAGAAGGGCGAGAUUAGCCAGCAGUUCACCAAUGCCAGGCAUGGCUUUGCCUCUGGGGAAGACCAAGGCGAAGACAUCAGGAAGGGACGCAGGAACAGGUUCAAAUGGGGACCAGCCUCCCAGCAGAUCCUUUUCCAUGCCUACGAACGACAGAAGAACCCCAGCAAGGAAGAAAGAGAGGGCUUAGUGGAGGAUUGUAAUAGAGCUGAGUGUCUUCAGAGAGGAGUGUCGCCCUCCCAGUUGGCAGGCCUGGGCUCCAACUUGGUGACCGAGGUACGGGUGUACAACUGGUUUGCCAACCGACGCAAAGAGGAGGCCUUUCGCCACAAGCUGGCACUGGACAGCCCUUAUGUCAUCCAAUCAACAAGCGCCUCCGGUCAUACCCUUCCUCAAAGCCCCGUGCAUGGUAUGAAGUACAGCCAGCAACUGACGUGUGACAACCUGGGCUCCAGGAGCAGUGGAGAGAGAGGCAUGGGGGGACGUCUGGUGGCCAGCCCUGACCAACUGGAGCCCAGCCACACACUCCUCGAGGGACAUCAUCAUAAAUCAGUAUCAGGAGGUGGUUCCCUGCCCCCAGUAAGCACUCUCACCUCUCUGCACAGUCUCUCUGCCUCGUCCGUCCAUCCGCCAGGACUCAUCAUGGCCUCUCUGCCUAGUGUCAUGAGUCUGGGGGAGUCCUCUCUGCUGAUAGGUCUGGCUUCCACACAAUCUCAGACCGUACCUGUCAUCAACAAUGUGGGAGGCGGGUUCACCACCCUUCAGCCUAUCUCCUUUCAGCAGCAGCUUCAUUCCUCCGGUCAGCAGCCAAUCGCGCAGCAGUUCUCAGGGCACAUGGGCCACAGUCCUUUCAUGGCCACCAUGGCACAGCUCCCAUGUCACAUGUACAGCAAGUCGGACAUGACCUCAUACCCUCCGUCCAGUCUGUUGUCCCAGGCGAUGGUCAUCACUGACAGCAGCAGCCUUGGGACACUGACCAGUCUAACUGCGGUCAGACAGAUCCUAACCACAGACCCAGAGGAGCAGACGGAUUCAUCCACCCAGGAGGACGCCCUUCACCUACAGCCUCAGUCGCCCGUUUCAGACAUCAACUCAUACAUCCCAACACAGAUGGUCUCCACAGCCCAGUGAAUACUGUGGAGACGCCAUGGUGGGAUGGAACAAAGAUGCAUGGGAUGGGCAACUACCUCUGCUAUAAUUCCAGAGAAACCACUGUAGUGUAUGUUCAGUUGCAUGUGAAAAUGGUAAGGGGACUCACUGCCAGUUCUCCAGAUUAAAGGAUGCAGCCUUACUGCUUGAAAGAAAUGUGAAA